CUCUCCCCAAUCUCCUCGUUGUCUCCUGACCGACAGUCCUUCCCACUUUGUAACACUCCGAUCUCUGCAAGCAACACACGCUCCCACCCUCCCACCGCCGACUCGCACUCUCACUCCGUAUACAGUAUAUUGUCUGUGAGUCUCCUAACCAAUCUCUUUGACACACUGAAUCUCUCCCUUUUCCUGAUACUCUAGUCAUCUACUAAACUUCCGAUCCCAGGUAGUCACAUCCCUCCAAAUCUCCAUCCAUCAAUCCAUCUAUCUGGCUAGCUACCCAUCUCUCUCUUUACCUCCCCUACCUAUUUCUUUAAUGUUUUACCUGGAUUAUCACCCUUCUCCUCUUCAUCCUCCCACCACUCUCUGUCUCUCAUUUCUUCUCUCCGAUAGAAUCGAGCUCCUUCUCUCCACUCACUCUAAUUGUCCCUCCUCUCCCACGCUCCCCUUGCGUUUGAUCCCUCUAUUGAAUUAAACUUCAAUUUUAUCUCUCCCCCCCCACCGUACCCUCAGCACUCCAUCUCUCCAGCUUCCACUCUCCCCUCCUUUCCCUUUCUUCACCCGUCUCGCCCUCCUCAUCUCUCGUGUUACUUUGCCGCUCUCUACCUCCUUCUGUCUCUCCUUCUCUCACUCUUUUCUCAGAUUAUCCCCGAACCCUCCCCUUUCUCAGUCGCACAUCACCCAAACCUCUGCUCUCCCUCCCUCACACCCUCCCACUAUCUCUCCCAUCCUCCCCUCUCUCCCUGCCUCUACAUCCCCACCCCCUCCCUCCCACUCUCUACCUCAGCCCCUCGCUUCCACCUUCUUACCUUUCUCACGUUACCCCGACUCCUCGCUGUCCCUAAGUCCAUCUCUCACUCCCUCCCAUCCUCUCCGUCCCUCACAGUUUCACUCCCUCUUACUCUCAACUCCUCUCUCCCCUUUCUCUCACCACUUUCAUUAUUCUUAACUCAUUCCUUUCCCUCGUAACUCUCUCCCAUUACCCCGACCCCACGCUGUCCCUCCUUCCAUCUUUUUCUAUCCCUCUCCCUCCCACCCACUCUAUCCCCCUCCCUCUUACCUUUCUCACGUUAUCUCCGACCCUCCAUCUCUCUCCUUCCCUCACUCUCUUCGCGCCCCCUUACCUCUCACCCGACCUUUCGCUGUCGCCUACUCACUCUCCCUCUUCCUAGCUAUUCCUCGCCCUCCCAUCUUUUACGUUCCCCUUAAUAUCCUCUCACCCUUCCACCAUAUCUUUCUCCCUGCUCCUACCCACCCUCCCCUCUCUUUCUCUCGCCAAUUUUCACACACACACACACACGCGCGCGCGCACACACACACACACACACACACACACACAGACACACACACACACACACACACCACACACACACACACACACACACAUACACACACACACACACACAAAAACCCCUCACCUCUUCUGAGAGGACUCCAGCAACCUCAAACGUGCACCAAUAGAAAGCGAGCGCGCACCAAGCGCUGACUUCACUCCUCAGCGUGUCAUCCGGGCGUGACCAGGGCCGAGAGCUCAGCAAUGCUCCCCACCCUGGCCGGUGCCUAAGCGUGGGUCCCGAGCCUCUUUGACAGCCCAAAAUAAAGACAGGGGGUUGCCAACUCCGCUCCACAAUGGAUUGCACCAUUAAGGAGGCUCUGAACGCUGUGAGUGAGAACCAGGGACUUUACGAAUCUUCAUAUCCUCCAUCUCACCUGAUCAAGCCCGAGAUGACGUCCGGGGUCUACGCGCCCUCGGCCAAAAGCAGCCCAGAGGUCGGGGAAACAGACUGGGGCAGCCAGAACAGCCGGGUCACGGUGAAGCGCGAGGCAGAGCAGGUGAACGGUACCAGUGAGACGCCAGUGGACUGCAGCGUGGUGCGAAGGGGCAAGAUGCUGAGCGGGCAGGAGGGGGUCCCGGUGGUCUACAACGCCAGCUACGGGGGCGAGCAGCGCGACAGCCCCCCCUCCAGUAGCAACAACGAGAAAAGGGUCAUCGUGCCCGCAGACCCCGGGGUGUGGACCCAGGAUCACGUCCGCCAGUGGCUGGAGUGGGCGGUCAAGGAGUACGGCUUGUCGGACGUAGACAGUAGUGUCUUCCAGAACAUCGACGGCCGGGAGCUGUGCAAGAUGACCAAGGACGACCUGAUGGGUCUCACCACCGAGUACAAUGUCGACAUCCUGCUCUCUCACCUCAAUUACCUGCGAGCAAGUGAGUCUGCCCCCCCUCCCCCUCCCCCGAGGGUUUCUGAGCUCUGGACUGGGGAACCCAGUCCACAGUUUCUGCUUCAGGUAGUCCGGUCCAGGAUUUCCACUCAAGAGAGCCCAGCCUGGAGAAUCCAGCCCAGGGUUUCUGUUCCACUCAAGAGAGCCCAGCCUGGAGAAUCCGGCCAGGGGUUUCUGUUCCACUCAAGAGAGCCCAGCCUGGAGAAUCCGGCCCAGGGUUUCUGUUCCACUCAAGAGAGCCCAGCCUGGAGAAUCCGGCCCAGGGUUUCUGUUCCACUCAAGAGAGCCCAGCCUGGAGAAUCCGGCCCAGGGUUUCUGUUCCACUCAAGAGAGCCCAGCCUGGAGAUUCCGGCCCAGGGUUUCUGUUCCACUCAAGAGAGCCCAGCCUGGAGAAUCCAGCCCAGGGUUUCUGUUCCACUCAAGAGAGCCCAGCCUGGAGAAUCCGGCCCAGGGUUUCUGUUCCACUCAAGAGAGCCCAGCCUGGAGAAUCCGGCCCAGGGUUUCUGUUCCACUCAAGAGAGCCCAGCCUGGAGAAUCCAGCCCAGGGUUUCUGUUCCACUCAAGAGAGCCCAGCCUGGAGAAUCCGGCCCAGGGUUUCUGUUCCACUCAAGAGGAGCCCAGCCUGGAGAAUCCAGCCCAGGGUUUCUGUUCCACUCAAGAGAGCCCAGCCUGGAGAAUCCGGCCCAGGGUUUCUGUUCCACUCAAGAGAGCCCAGCCUGGAGAAUCCGGCCCAGAGUUUCUGUUCCACUCAAGAGAGCCCAGCCUGGAGAAUCCAGCCCAGGGUUUCUGUUCCAUAGACCAGGGAUUCCAGGUGAAGGGUCUCAGCCUAAAACAUCCCCUCCAUAUGACUGGGACCCCCCCCCCCCACGAUACCACCUCCCCUCGCGCUGGGCAUUGGAUGACAGUACUUUUGCACCCACAGGUUCCCCACCUCAGCCUUCGACUCCGGGUAGACCUUCUGAACAGCCUCGUUUACACCCAGAUUCCUACCAGAUGCUGUCCACUACAGCCUGUCGGAUGACCAACCCAGGCAGCGGACAAAUCCAACUGUGGCAGUUUCUGCUGGAGCUCCUCUCCGACGGCUCCAACGCGGCCUUCAUCACCUGGGAGGGCAACAACGGCGAGUUCAAGAUGACGGACCCGGACGAGGUGGCGCGGCGCUGGGGGGAGCGCAAGAGCAAGCCCAACAUGAACUACGACAAGCUGAGCCGCGCCCUGCGCUACUACUACGACAAGAACAUUAUGACCAAAGUCCAUGGCAAGCGCUACGCCUACAAGUUCGACUUCCAGGGCAUCGCUCAAGCCCACCAGCCCCACGCCCCCGAGUCGCCCAUCUUCAAAUACUCGGCCGAGCUGCCCUUCGCCGCCGGCUACCACCACCCGCAGAAGACCAGCUUCACCUCCGCUGCCGUGACCGGACCGCCACCGACGCACCACCCCUCCCCCGCCCCUGUCUCCAGUGCCCCGUUCUUCGGACCCAGCAGUACCUACUGGAGCUCGGCGCCAGCCACGAUCUACCCGGCGCCUGCCGUAACCCGUCACCCGGCAACCCACGUCCCUUCCCACCUAGGAGCCUUUUACUGACCAAGGGUGGGUGGAACCCUCGACGUGCGUGAACCACUCCCCCACAUCCUUGUCACCUCCUCCCGCCCCUCUCCUGGCUUCUCGGGAACCAAAGUGUUAAUGCAUUUCCUCAGUGGACCUCACUCACCUAACCCAGUUUCAGCAUCCGUCGAGGCGUCCCCGUCUUGCUCGGGGGCUCGGUCACGGAGAUCUACGCAACAGAACUGCAAGCCGGCGUAGAAUCCCGGCAUAUUUCUCUCGCUUGGGACGUUUACAUGGCGAUUUUUAUCUCACGGACAAUUGGCGACGACGUUAUCCCGAAGAACCACCCGGCCUCUCGCCAUAACUAAGAAAUGUGUGUAUAUAUAUAUAUGUUUUAUAUAAUGUAUAAUUGUAGCUGUCCGAGAGAAGUUGCUCUCGAAGAAGCUUCGUCAAUGAAGAGUAGCAGCCAUUCUCGGACCGGACGUCACGCCGCCUUGGGCGGAUACUGUCGGUUGUCUGUACCGUUUCCACAGCCCCCUCCCUCCUUCACCCCAUCCCCACCAUCACUCCGCACAGCCCACUUCCCUCCAGGAAUGAAUUUGCUUGGGGAGGCGGGUCAGAUGAUGGGACUUGAAUCCUUUCUUGGUGGGUGCGAAUGAUGUUUGGAGGAGGGAGUGUCUCUUGGUGAUAGGGUUCAGUGAGAUGCGCAUGAAAGGCGGGGAGGGUCGAGAACAAGGUCAUUGGAUUGAUGGCUGUCAGGAGAGGAGAUUAGGUUCAAGGACGUCAGGAGAAGGAACGUGCGUGUUCAUCGAUUCAGUGAAGUCAGGGUGGGAGAGAGAAGCCAUUGGCCACGGACCUAAUGAGAACGUGACAGGAAGCGUGCCCAUUGAUAAUGGACAGUGAUGUCAUUGAUCAUCCUGUUUUAUUUGAUUCGAUGAGGUCAUGAUAGGGGACAGAGUUCAUUGAUCAAUUACAGCAUGAGAGAGGAACGUGUCCGUUGGUCAAUUAAUACAAUAAGUCGUGUCUACUGGACAUGAAUCUAAUAACAUCGUGACAAGGAGUGUGUCUAUUGGUGUCUUUGAGGGCGAGAGUCCAGAUGACGCAUCAAGAAUCGGAGUGCAUCAAUUGGUCAUUGGAGAUGACAUCAUGAUAAUAAUUAUGUCUAAUGACCUUUGAUUCAGCAAGGUUAUGAUAGGAAGGGAAUGUCGAUUGGCUAUGGAUUGGAUGCCAUCAUGACGAGAGAGUGGCCAUUGGUUGUAGGUUCAAUGAGGUGGCAGUAAGGGAGAGACUCCCCUGAUCAGUUACGUUGCGACAUAGGUGUGUGUCUAUUGGUCGCGGAGUCAAUGAGGUCACCAUGGGUGGGUUGAAGGGAGAGGGUCUGGUAGAAGCACUGCGCCAUCCCGCAGUCACUGGAAAUCUUUGGUUCGAUGCCCACUUUCACUGCUAUCUCACUGUACGCGCAAAGUUUAUCCGCUCGCUCUCCCUUGCCUCCAGUCGCCUUCCACAUCCCCGUCAGAAAGACUUCGAGGUUAGUUAACCCUCGAUCUUUCAGUGAGGGGUCAAAACGCGCCGGACUCCUAGAAGUUGGGAUUAACCCUGAAUAGAUGCCUGAUGAUUGGCAGAGAUCAUUGGGUCUGUCUCCUCGAGACACCAUCCGCCCCCGCACAAAGGUGCAGCAACCGACAUCCGACACCCCCCCCCCCCCCACCAGCCAAAUCCCAAAUCCUGUACACCAUAGAAAUGUUCUUCCUCCUCAGCUAGAAAAUAGAUGGAGAAGGACCUUAGGUUGUGGGAGUUGAGGAUGAACAAACGGACGCCCCAAAUCCUCUUUUCCCAGUCGCCGGGGCCCCAUUAAGUUCACAGAAUGCACCGCCUUGGAAAAACUUGGCUGAAGGAGGGAGGGAGCUGGGAUUACCGUAGCCUCUGUGUUUUACUUUGAUGUAAUGAAAUGAAUAAAUUUAUAUUUAGAGGA